AGUGACUCACAGCACAGACUAGGAGAUCCUCGCAACGGAAUGUUACAUGGAAGGGGAGAAAUGAACCAAUCAUUUUAGGGGAGUGUGAAGGGCACGUUUCUGGCAGCAAAUCAUUAGUGACUUUCACACUUACAGAACGUUGUGUGUCAUAUGUGCGCACACAGAUAGCCCGGGAGCACUGUAUGUAUAAAUACACGCUGUACACAGCUGUUUGAGUGCGUUCUGGUAUUGGUUGCUGCUAUCAUGUCUCCCCCGGUAUAUGGCACACAGAUGGAGCUGGAGGGGAAAAUAAUAGACGAAGUACGCCGCAGAGGGUACACAUAUGAAGAUUACAAAAAGACUGCAGACUGGCUCUUGUCCAAUACUGAGCACAGGCCCACAGUGGCCAUUGUAUGUGGAUCUGGGCUCGGUGGUUUGGGGGAACUCUUAAAGGAUCAGGUGGCAUUCCACUACAGUGACAUUCCCAACUUCCCGCACAGUACGGUUCCUGGUCACGCUGGACGUCUGAUAUUUGGGAACCUCAAUGGGAAGCCAUGUGUGUGCAUGCAAGGACGGUUUCAUUUCUAUGAGGGUUACCCAUUGUGGAAGGUCACAUUUCCUAUCCGUGUUUUCCGUUUGAUUGGGGUGGAAACUCUGAUUGUCACCAAUGCUGCAGGGGGCUUGAACCAAGAUUAUAAAGUUGGUGACAUGAUGGUGAUAAAGGAUCACAUCAAUCUGCCAGGAUUUUCCGGACAGAAUCCGCUUGCUGGUCCUAACGACGAGAACUUUGGCCCUCGGUUCCCCCCCAUGUCUGACGCCUAUGACAAGGAGUACAGAAAGCUGGCUUUGGCAGUUGGACGGGAGCAGGGUCUGGCAGAGAAGAUGAGGGAAGGGGUGUACUGUAGCAUUGGCGGACCCAACUUUGAGACCAUUGCAGAAUGUCGAUUUCUCAACAAACUUGGAGCAGACGCUGUCGGGAUGAGCACAGUACCUGAAGUAAUUGUGGGCAGACACUGCGGUCUCAAGGUUCUGGGCAUAUCUCUGAUUACCAAUAAAGCUGUGAUGGACUAUGACAAUGAAACAGUUGCUAACCAUGAAGAAGUGCUCCAGGCUGGGAAGAACAGUGCCAAGUCCAUGGAGAAGCUGGUGACUGUUCUGGUCAAGCGCAUGGAGCUGAACAAUGAUAUGUGCUAGAAGAUCAUGGGAUGUGAGGGCGGAGAGAAACAAGUGCUACACUCCACGCCAGAGACAUGAGCCGAGCACGCCUUGGUAGUGUUCUCUGCUCAGUCCGUGUACCCACAUACUGGUGCUCAGAACAGUUCUGUAAUCCUCCCAUAAAAACUGCUUCCCACAAUGCAUUCCUUGGUCACAUGCUCAUAGUCUCUUUGUAGAUACUGGACCUCAGAUAAUUGUGUCUGUCUUCAUUUUACCUCCUGUGCUAAUAUUGUUGUGUUACACAUAAAUUAAUAAGAAGGCUAACUAAACGAAUGUUAUUAUUUUAUCAUUACCGACUAUAUUUAUAUUUAUUUACACCUCCUCGAGCACAUGAUGCUUUUUUUUAAAUAUGAAUUUUAAUAAUAAUAAUAAUAAUAAUUAUAAAAUAUUGAAUUUGGUCACUUAAACCAGUCAAACCUACGUAAUAACACAUGCAAUACUUUACAAAGACUUGUAUGUACUGUAUAACUUUCUCAUAAAUUGUACUGUAUUCUUCCAUACAUAUGUAUCCUUAUGUUCAUUAUCUGUAAUCAGGGCUGGGCAAUCUCAGGAGCCUGCCACUCACGGCUCGUGAGAAAGUACAACUGUCAGACAACAAUUCAGGGUACCUCCUUUAGACUUAUACCUCUUUCACACCGCCAAUGCCGGAUCCCACCCAGGAAUUGGAAACGUGUCCUUCCCGGGUGGGAUCUGGCAUUGGCCGCUGCUGCAGGCUUCCCCGACCCGGCAAUAUGCCGGGUAGGUUGCCAUAGCAGCAGAGGUGGAGGCGGCGCUGGGAGAUGAGAUCAUCUCCGCGCUGCCUCUCCCUGCUGUAGUAAACGGGUCCCGGGACGCAUCGACCUUGGAGCCCGUUUACGCAGCCACUGACCCGGUAUUCAACCCGGGUAUAACACUGCUUUAUUCCCGGGUUGAAUUGCCGGGUCGGCCGAGACGGUAUUUCGGCUAUGCCCCUUUCACACCGCACGCCGGGUUAUUUGUGCGGUGUGAAAGGGGUAUUACAUGGCUAUAAAAUGUUAUCCACCCAUGAAUAGACAAGUUGUGUAAAUUCUAUAUGAUAGCUAGGUGAUACUGAGAAAAUGACCUGCUCAUCAUCUUAUAUAACCAUAUGCAUAGAGGUAUAACCUAGACAUUGUUAUAUAUUCUACACGUCCACUGUAUUACUGUUUAUUUUAUAUCUACAAGUUUAUGGUUUUACAUUUCCUUUUCUGCAGAAUAUAGCUUUUUCAGGAGCCAGAUUUGUUUUGCUUAGUUCAGAUGUUCCCAAACGCGGUCCUCAAGGCACCCUAACAGUCCAGGUUUUAGGUAUAUCCAUGGCUCAGCGCAGAUGGUUAAAUCAGAUUGACUGAGGUGCUGAUUAAGUCACCUGUGGCCAUGUUUGGAUAUAAAACCUGGACCGAUGUUGUGGUGCCUUGAGCACCGCGUUUGAGAGCCUCUGGCUUAGUGGGUAGAAUGCUACAAAAUGCAAAUCAUUGUCCCUCCCGCUCCUCUAUUGCUAAUUCACUGUUAGAGAAAACCAGUUUAUACCCGUAAGCUGCCAGGAGUACAAUCCUUCUCUUGUAUGCCGUGAUCACUCCCAUCGCCUGUACAGUAUAGGGGAACACAUCUCGUGUUUCCUGUGCGAUGAUGCUGUUGUCUGUGUCUGACAUUCCUUCUGCAACUGAUCUAUACCUCUAUUCUUUCUAUACACAUUUUUUUACAAGGCUUAAAUAAAAUAAAAUAUAUUGUAUUUUAAA